AUGGCUAUAGGACACGUACGAAACUUAAAUCACUGUAUUUUAAUUGUGUCGGUUUGUGUAUGUUGGAGUGCGGCAGUUGAUAUAACUGUUCUGACAAAUGUAGGAAAUAUAACUGGUUCUGUUGAGGAUGUAAAUGUUGGUCCAAACGUAGUAAAAGUAUCAACUUAUCUUGGUAUACCGUUUGCUGAACCACCCGUCGGCAAUCUCCGGUUUACGAAACCACAACCAAAGAUAUGGAUUCACGGAGGGUCGUUUUCCGUGGGUAGCGGUAGAGCAACAACAAGUAGCAUUCUUGCAGCAUAUGGAGAAGUUAUUGUAGUUUCUGUUAAUUAUCGUCUUGGUGUUUUCGGUUUCUUAACUUCGGGAAACAGUGCCGCGGGUGGGAAUUAUGGACUUUGGGAUCAACAUCUUGCUAUUAAAUGGGUUAAAAAUAAUAUCGAAGGUUUCGGAGGUGAUGCCACAAGAAUUACGAUCUUUGGUGAAUCUGCUGGUUCGGUAUCUGUUAUGCUCCAGGCUCUUUAUCCUGGCAAUGAAAAUAUGUUCCAAAGAGUCAUAGCAGAGAGUGCCUAA